AAAUGUUUGGUAGAUUUGCUCGUGCUUUUCCAAAAAUGAUGGGUUCAACCUCAUUCAGAACUUUUGCCACCGCUGGUAGCAAUGCUUUUGCUAAAUCAAUCAGCAACAAAAAAUUAGUUGUUGGUUCAGUUGUUGUUGCUUCAACCAUUGCCACCACCACCCUUGUUUCAUGUGCUGAUAAAGUUCCAUUCACUGGUCUCCCAGGUACCAACUAUGAAAGAACCUUCAUCGCCAUUAAACCAGAUGGUACUGAAAGAAGAUUAGUCGGUGAAAUCAUUGGCCGUUUCGAAAAGAAAGGUUUCAAAUUAGUUGGUAUUAAAAUCCUCCACCCAACUCCAGAACAAGCCGCUAAACAUUAUGAUGACUUAAAAUCAAAACCAUUCUUUGAUGGCUUAGUUAAAUAUUUCUCAAGUGGUGCCGUUGUUUGCAUGGUUUGGGAAGGUAAAGAUGUUGUUAAAACUGGUAGAAAAUUAAUUGGUGAAACCAACCCAGCUUUAAGUGUUCCAGGUUCAAUUAGAGGUGAUUUAUGCAUUGAAGUCGGAAGAAAUAUUAUUCACGGUUCUGAUUCAACUCAAUCAGCCAAUGAUGAAAUUACUCUCUGGUUCGGUGAAACUGAAGUCACCAACUAUGAAAGCCCAUUAGAAAAAUUCAUUUAUGAAAGAAAAUAAAUGGAGAGAAGGUUCAAUAAUAUAAUUUUUAAAUAAAAGUAAUAUUAAAUAUAUAAAAAGUAUUGUGAUAUAUAAUCAAAAAUAAUAAAUAUGGGUUUUUAAUCCUUC